CCUCCCCUGUUCGCGUUCCAUUUCGCAUUGUGGUAGGCUACUUGACAGUUUAUGUGACGUUACAAUACAAAUGACAUGUCACAGUGAAAUUUCCAGCUUCUUUUAUGUUAUGUUUACAAGUUAAAAUGCCUUUGAUUUUUUAAAUUGUAAAUCAGGAAAGAGAGCGCAAAAUACGAUUCGUGACAAUGAGAAACAUUUCGGAAUGGGACGUGUCCAAAAGAAUACUAGCCGCUCUUGCUGGUAGCUACAUCACAACACUGGAAAAGUGGCAAAGCCGACAAAGACUCGAUAAUUAACAGUCGAAUAAGCUUGCCAAUAACGGAAAAGGGAGUGAUUCCACACCAUCCAUUUGCUUUCGUUUUUCUCGGCUUGAUAACUGACCAGCGGCCAUUGCAGGAGACUCCCACAGGCAACAUGGUUGUCCAAGCUGAGCGGCAAUGAGCGGCAUGCAACAGUAAACCAUCAGCGACUGUGUGGUAAACAAACUCGGCGUGUCUCUUUUUUUGUCCUAAAGAUGGGGCAUCCUCCCCUGGAGUUCAGUGACUGCUAUUCGGACAGUCCUGACUUCAGAGAGACGCUCAAAUGUUAUGAACUGGAGCUGGAGAGAACUAGUAAAUUUCUCAAGGAGUUGAUAAAAGACGGCAACAGUGUGAUCAAUGCAAUAAAAGGUUAUUCUCUGGCUGUGCAGAAGUUGUCCCAAACUCUCAGCGUGUUCCAGUUUGACUUCAUCGGCGACUCCCUGACCGACGAUGAGAUUAACAUCGCUCAGUCCUUCCAGGAGUUUGCGGGACUGUUGCAGGAAGCAGAGCAUGACAGGAUGAUGCUGGUUCAGAAUGCUUCAGAUCUACUCAUCAAACCUCUGGAGAAGUUCAGAAAGGAGCAAAUAGGAUUAACAAAAGAGAAGAGGAAGAAAUUUGAGAAGGAGAGCGAAAGAUAUUACUCCCAGCUUGACAAACACCUGAGUCUUUCUGCUAAGAAGAAAGAGAGUCAACUUCAAGAGGCCGAUGAGGUCUUAUGCAAAGAGCGAGUCAACUUCUAUGAGUCUUCAGUGGAAUAUGUAUACCAGAUCCAUCAGGUCCAAGACAGGAAGAAGUUUGACAUGGUGGAGCCUGUGCUGGCGUUUCUCCAUAGUGUUUUAACCCUCAACAACCUGACGGUGGAGAUGACACAGGACUUUAUGCCCUACAAGCAGGAGCUGCAGCUCAGCCUGCAGAACACGAGGAACCACUAUGAGAGCACCCGUGAGGAGAUGGAGGACCUUAUGAAACGAAUGAAACACUCAUCGCAGAGCUGCAAAAUGCCCAGUUGGUUGCCUAUGGAGGGUUAUCUGUACUGUCAGGAGAAGUGGGCUCUGGGCGUGAGCUGGGUCAAAUACUACUGCAAAUAUCACAAAGAGGGUAGACUGCUGGUCAUGGUCCCCUGUGAACAGAAACCCACCACUAAACAGGGUGCCACACAGCUAACCUUGAAGUCCUGCAUCCGCCGGAAGACCGAGUCCAUAGACAAGCGCUUUUGUUUUGACGUGGAAGUUAAUGAGAGAAACAUUCCAGUCACAUUCCAGGCGCUUUCGGAAGGAGACAGGAAGUUGUGGAUGGAAGCCAUGGAUGGAAAAGAACCUAUCUAUCACUCCCCAAUUCAAAAGCAAGCUGAAAUGGAAUUGAAUGAAAUUGGAUUCAAGUUUGUACGGAAGUGCAUCAACUAUGUGGAAGAAAAGGGACUGACACAAGAAGGCGUGUACAGAACAGUUGGCAGCAACAUCCAAGUGCAGAAGCUUCUAAAUGCCUUCUUUGAUCCUGCAAACUCAGGAGAUGUGGAUCUGCACAGCGGCGAUGACUGGGACAUCAAAACCAUCACCAGUGCAAUGAAGUUUUAUCUGAGAAGUCUGUCUGAACCUCUGAUGACCUAUGAUCUGCACCGAGACCUCAUGUUAGCUGCAAAGUCGGACAGUCUUGACUUUCGGCUGAGUGAAAUCCAUUCCCUCACCUACAAGCUACCUGACAGAAAUCGAGAGAUGCUGGAGAUGCUGAUCAAACACUUGGUGGUCGUGUGCAGUCACAGCGAAGAAAACCUCAUGACUCCUUCAAACAUGGCCGUCAUCUACGGACCCACGCUGAUGAGAGCCAAGGAGGAGACGGUGGCCGCCAUGUUAGACAUUAAAUUCCAAAAUAUUGUUGUGGAGAUAUUGAUUGAGGAAUACAAAAAGAUUUUCAGUCAUAUGCCAGAGGACAGCAAUGCCCCGCCCAUCCCUCCUCCACGCAUCACCCCAAGAAAGAGGCAGCCCAUAACCAUCUCCAAGCGGCCGCCUCGUCUUUAUCCACCUCUGAGUCACGAGCACUUCCAGCAGCAGCAGCAGCACACAGAGGAUGGCCAGAGUAGCAACUACGUGAUUGAAGCAGAUUUCUCAGCAAGUCCAGUUCCCCUGCAGAGGACCAAAUCUUCAAACUGUGCCCUGCUUGUUCCCAGAGAACCUCCUCGGAGACAAGCACCAGUGCACAGAGCUAACAGACAGGCUGACUGUGAUGUAACAAAGGUAGAAAGGCCAGAAUCUUCCUCAGUUCCAAACGGGGAGUCUGGUGUCCCUGUGGGUAGAGUACCUUCAUUUCAGAGCAGGAGACCUCCUCCUAAAGCAGAAUGUGAUGGUCCGAGCAAAACAAGGCCCACAGAGAAACCCCCCAUAUGCAGACCCCCGACUCGGCCCCCUGAACCGCCCUCCAGGCAGCCUUCACUCAAGAUCCAGAGUCCUGCCAGCAGCGAUGGACCCACGGCGUCCUAUGUUGCCUCGAAAAUGAAAUUUUUUGAGAAUGCCUCGAAGCAAGUUGUCAGUCUUCCAGUUUCACAGGCACCGUCAGCAGCAACAAAUGUGAAAAGAGAGCUUGUCUCCUCUCAGAAGUCAAGCUAAACAAUGUGGUGCAGCCUGUAAUGAUGCACGCCAAGCCGGAGGACUGCACCAACAGACUGACCUGUGAAUGGUGUCGCACUCAAGAGUCCAACACCAGCUGAACAGAUUGCAUUUUUGUGUGUGAGUGAAGAAAAAGUGACUCUCACAUGUUCAACAAGUACAAAUCCUUGUUUAAACAUCAUUCCAAAGUUCAAGCGGUUAUUUGUUGUUGCGUAAUGUUGCUCCAUGUUGUUCUACUGUGUUAAAAGCGUUGGCGUGCCCAAGACAAAUAACUUGUUUCUUAACCAGUGAGGGCUUUCCUAAAAUCCUAAAAGUAUACUUCUUCAAUUUUAACCGUAAUUUCAAAGUGAUAAAUGGCCAAAAUGAACAUUGAAAAUGUUUUUGUUUUUUUUGUUUUUUUUACAUUUUUGUUGCAUGUUGAGUUGCCAUGUUUAGUUCUUCUUUUCCUGUAACGUGGAAAUUCUGUUUGUUGUUGUGUUUCCUUGUGUUUUCAUGAAGGAAACUAAUAAAUAUGAACAGCAUGAAUUGUUUGAAAAGAAAAAAAACAACUCUUGGUUUCUGUGUCAUUGCAUGGAUAUAUAAUAUUUAGGACUGGCAAAUGAUUUUGUAAUGAAUUUUUAAUCAGAUUAAUGACCAUUUUCAAAUUAAUUAGUCAUGAUUAAUCACAGUUUGCCAGUGUGUUUUUACUGUAUUUUUUGCCUAUUUGUGACAUAAUUUCUGUCUUAUGCAUGACUGAUAUUCAGAAGUGUUGUACUUCGUGAGAACUGAGGCAUGCUUCUCGUAAACAGAUUUUCCUAACAGUCGUGUCACAGCCAGCAUUAUUUGACGGUAAACAGUGUGAUUCCCAGCAUGUGUGGUCUUCAAACAUCUUUAAUACACAAAGUAACUGUUGUUGACCAGUGAAAAUGGAUGCAAAAAAAGCUGUUGACUCUUUUGUUAUUGUCUUCAAAUGUGAUAUACUGGCAAAAAAAGAAGGGGUCUCAACUUCUCUAGAGAUUUGCUUCUAUUUUAUUUCCUUAUCUCCCUUUUAUCUUUGUGAAAGUGAAAAUUAUCUAAGUGAAAAUUGUUUCAAGCUAUAUACUUUUCUGCAAAAAAAAAAAGCUGUAUACUUUAUGGGGAAAAAAAGUGACAUAAUCUUUGAAACAAACACUAAAUACAUAUUUGUAUGUAUUGUAUACUGUAUAUGUUUGCCUCCAGCAAGUGCACCACGGAGGUUAUGUUCUACGCUAACAUUAGCAUCGUAUCAUUUUUAGCCAUUUCCUUAACUAGACACUUAUACAAGGUCAGGCAAAAUGAUCUGACACAUUUGUAGGUUAAAUAAAAGGCAAAUAAAGUAAAGAAACAAAAAAGUGUUAUUUUCGAAAAGUACAUAUAAUGCCAUUUUUUCAUAUAUUGCCAUUUUGCUUUGUUUCUUUAUAAUGCCAUUGUUUUUCGUUUCUUUUUCAGUUGCUGCCAUGAAUUGGACUGGUGAGCAUCGCGCUUUCAUUGUGGAAACGUUUAUCAAAACAAACUAAUCUAACUGCAACACAACGAGCGUUCCGUUUGCACUUCAAUCUUGGUAGACACGAUCCGUACCAGCGCCAAACCCCAUCUUGUUAUGGGUUACCAACUUCACAGCUACUGGAUCUGCAUUGAGUGUGUGGACAGUAAUGGAUCCCAUUUGACUGAUUUAAUUUUUAAAACAGAAUGAAACAGAAUGGCAUUAUAUGAAGAAAAAAAAUGGCAUUAUAUGUACUUUUCGAAAAUAACACUUUUUUGUUUCUUUACUUUCUCCUUUUAUUUAACAUACAAAUGUGUCAGAUCAUUUUGCCUGGCACUGUAUAAGCACUUACUAUUAUGCUUUGUGUUAGCAUGAUAACUUUAGCAUGUUAGCAGUGCCAGGGCAAUCUAAAUAUGUAGAUCAAAUAAAUGUAGAAUAUUUAUGGCGUAAAUCACAAUAUGGGGGGGAACUAUGACGCUUGGCGGAGGUCUGUGCUCUUUUGAGUGCUUUUCUGGUUUUUCAAGGGGUAUGUUUUUCACUUAACUCAUUCAAUAACAAAGACGUAUUCAAAUGUUUUUCUAAUCACGAAUGCCAGAGCCCAACAACGUAUUUAUACGUCUUUUCGAUUCUGCGCAAGAGGCAAAAAGAGUUGAUGAUGCAACUAUCCACUAACGCAUGUCACUUUUAGAACAAUUUUAAGCCAUAAAAACGGCCACAAGGUGGCAGAAGUGCAUUUGAUAAGUGCUCAGCCAGGAUCUUACAGGAAGGAGGAAGUGAGAGCGCGUGGAGGAGUGUAAGCGUGCAGGUUAGCAUUGUAGGGAAAUUUUAACGUAUACAUACGCGUGUGCAUGCACACACGUACCGUAGUUCAGUUCCAAAUGUAGAAAUUGUAAAUACUUCAUGGUGUUAUUUGUAAAUCAAUUAUUUUGAUGUAACAACCCCUUUUUGUGGUGUUUAUGUUGGUAUUGUUUACGUAUUUGAGCUGUGACAAAAGCAAAAUAUAUUUGUGUCAAAUUGAAAGUUAUGCUUGAAAUGUAUCUUUUCUCUCAAAGCUGUUUUUCUCCCUUUUCUUGUCAGGAACUGAUAUUUUCCUGAAACUUACCUAUGUUCUACUGCUGAUUACUAAAGAACGGCAAAAUGUAGAACCAAAAAGGUAAAAAUCGUCUGAAAUGGCCGGUUUUACAUAAAUUUGCAUACAUUUUGGAAAUAAGGGCAAAUUAUUGUAUUGUAAAAAUAAUAUACUGUAUACAUAUACUGUAUAUAUGUAAUAUAUAAUGUAUACCCCUUGAAUGCACCAUAGCUGUGUGUGCCUCAAGAAAAACGACGUACCACAAAUAGUAU